CAACUCACGGAUCGUGGCUUGACGUGACGCUGGGUAUUGAGUCGUAGCACCAUCGUUCAACUUGCCCACACUGUGACUGCAUUCACAGACUUCACGCAAGCUUGACCAAUCAGCCUACCUGCCGAGCCCCUUUUUGUCCUGCUCAGCUUGCCUUUACUGGUGCCUGAUUGAGAGCGGACAUUUGGCAAGGCCAUGUUCGCACAGGCUGGACAACCAUCCUUCGCACGUCUCGCACGACCGGCCCUGCAACGUCACUGCAACACCCUCCUCUCGGCUCGGGUCCAAGCAUCAUCCGCGGCUCGCCACGCCAAUCUCAAACUGAUCAGCACAUCGACGCCACACAUGUCUCGAAGGCUCUCCCAGAUCUCUUCGCACCUCUCCGGCAACCCGCGAGGUCCGCCAGCUAUGCAAGCCUUUGGCGCCCCUGGUGGGAGGGGAAGGAGCGCCUCCUCCUCUUCCCACCCGAGCUCAGCCGGCGCUGCUGUGGCAAAGCAGGCCGCUACAGCGAGCAGAACUGGAGGCGGGGAAUCGGGGAAGGAGCCGAAAGUACAGCAACUAAGCGAAGGCCCGCUUCGGACCAUCGUCCUCAACCGGCCGAAAGCGCUCAACGCCCUCGACCUUGACAUGGUCACGCUGAUUGGCGAGGCUCUGCACACCAUCUCCAAGACGGAUGCGCCGAUCAUCUUGCUGCGCGGGGUAGGCCGGGGUCUCUGCUCUGGUGGAGACGUCAAGAGCGUCGUCGAAGCUGCGGCUUCGCAGGACCCCAACGUGCGGGCUCAAGCGCUCACGUUCUUCAAAGCCGAGUUCGAGGUCGACUUUGCUAUUGCUACGCUGCAAAAGCGCACCAACAAGACUUUCGUGUCCGUCAUGGACGGCAUCACCAUGGGAGGCGGAGUUGGUCUCUCGGUUCACGCACCCAUUCGCAUUGCCACGGAAAACACACGAUUUGCCAUGCCCGAGACUGGCAUUGGGUACUGGCCGGAUGUGGGUGUGACAAGGGUACUUUCUCGACUGGACGGUCGCGUCGGCUACUACCUCGGCACGACUGGCACCCAAAUAUCUGGCGAGGAAGCAUAUCUGGCUGGACUGGCGACGCACUUCAUUCCAAAACGCCUCCUAUCUGAAGCGCUGGACCGGCUGCGCACUCUCCCCAUCAAUGCCACCACUGAACAGGUCGCGCGUGCAUUGACAGAGUACACUGUCGAUCCGUUCGCCGCCUCGGACAACGAGAAGGGUCCUCAAAUUUUUGCUGACACGCCCCUCGUUGGCGCUAGACGCGUUGCCCUUGAUCACGUCUUCGGCCUCGAGAAGGCUGAGCAAAUCUUCGCAGCACUGGCAGAGCUUUCGAAUGGCUCGGACGACACUCAAACGGCGAAACAGCUCAUCGGCCUUGGCGUGACGUCGGUGUCCGGCGCAGUAGCUCAAUGGGCUCAGAAGACGCUCGAGACGUUGCAGUCCAAGUCACCGCGGAGCAUCAAGGUCUCCCUCAAGGCGAUCACUGCCGCACGCCGUCUAGACAUCGCCGAGGCCUUUCGUUUCGACAUGCGACUCGCUACUGCAUUCUGCGACCUGUCUGCCGGUCGUGAUUUCCACACCGGGGUCACUCACGUCCUCACGAAAGAUCCGAACACGGGCAAACGUCGCGAAGGAAGAGCAGCUUGGGAUCCUUCGGAUCUUGAGAGUGUGAAGGAUGAGCACGUCAAUGACCUCUUUUUUGGAAACGAGGCGCAAGCAAGAAAGGCCGGACUCAAGAUCGACGUGCCUUUCUUGAGCGGGCUGCCACAGCCCAAGACUUUCCCAUCCGAGAAGGACCGAGCUGCGCACGAGGCCAAAAUCCGAGGCGUCGGUCCUCUGGCUUGGGAGCCGGCGCACAAUCAGUACGCCCUUCCAUCUGAGGCCGAAGUUGCCGCUCUGAUUCAAGGAGCGCAUCCAGCAGCGGGUGCCACUCAGCUCGAGCCGUCGGAGAUCAUCACUAUUCUGGAGUCAAAGACUGGCGACAGGCGCGGUGUUGAAAGGAAGGUCAGCGAGUUCUUUGAGCGAGUGCAAGCUAGGGCAGCCGCCGCUCAACAGUAAUCAUCCAGGUCGCUCGAUCAGAGCCAGAAGAGAUGCGCGGGAGGUGGGAGAAGCGGGGAGUGCGACAUAAAUUUACACGGAGACAAGAAGCAGAAAUGGCAUGUUCUGGGUCGAAAGGCUGCUCGUACCACUACUGCUGUCUAUCACAAAACGCUCCCAGUUGGUGUGCAGGGGUCCGUGACAAUGUGUUUGGCGCAUAGCCUCAGACCUCGCGUAAGGCCGAUCCAUUGUGACUCAAUUGCUUCGCAUCGGAUCAGCGCUCCUCUGUAUGGCCCAAGGUGCACAUAAAGUCGUGCUUCACUCUGCUUGUGCAGCGUUUGUAUCUUGCGUCUUUUGCUGUCGUGGUCAGGUCAAUCGGGGG